UGGGAGCCAGCCUGACCUAUCCUCUUAUUUCUAGUGUUUCCCACUGUACAUGGUUGUGGUAGGCGCUCAAAGUUUCCUGAGGCAAGGACAUCUGAUCGACACCUGUCUGUGAGGCUCGGAGUGAUUGCUGUGGCCAAGAACUGCCGCACGUUCACUUGCCACCCCAGGAGUGCUCAAGUGGCCAGCACCGGGACGCUCCUCCCACCCAUCUUUUCUUGGAAGCCAAGCCCCUUUGUAAUCUGUAUAAGAUUCCCUCUCCAGGGAUCGAGGGAUUGCAGAGACUGGCCUUCUGCUCUCUCCUAGAGACCACGCUAGAGACCCAGCUAGGCUCUUCCAGAAGGCAAGCCCGCCAUGGCUCAGGAGAAGUUCUUGGUGCUGUUGCCACUAGUGGUCCUGGCGUUGCUGGGGCUGGCCUGCGUGCAGCCUUCUCUGGCCCGGGAGUCGAAGGCCAUGAAGUUCCAGCGGCAGCACAUGGACUCGCACCCCGCCGCCGUCAGCGCCAGUUACUGCAACCUGAUGAUGAAGCGCCGCAACAUGACGGAUGGGUGGUGCAAGCCCGUGAACACCUUCGUGCACGAGCCUCUGGCAGACGUCCAGGCCGUCUGCUCCCAGAAGGAUGUGCUCUGCAAGAACGGGCAGUCCAACUGUCACCAGAGCCGCUCCCAGAUGAACAUUACCGACUGCCGCCUGAAGAACGGCUCCAAGUUCCCCAAGUGCGUGUACACGACCACGCAGAAGAAGCAGUACAUCGUCGUGGCCUGUGAGGGGAACCCCCACGUGCCGGUGCACUUUGAUGCGUGUCUGUAGCUCUCGGCCUGAGGCCAGAGCAGUGGGCGCCCCCCCUCCCCUGCCUUCCUGCUCUGGGGAAUCCCUGCAGCCGGGGCUCCUCCAGCCUGCUCCCAAACCCGGGCUGCCCUGCCCAGGGCUGCUCAGCUCGGUCGGGGGGCGGGGGCCCCAUGUUAGCCACCUCACCGCUUCUUUCAAUAAAGCAGAGCUGUGCUCACUUGGGUUUCCCACGC